GUCCGGGGCCGCGAAGAGGAAAAGAUGGCGGCGCCCAUGGAGGUGGCCGUGUGUACGGACUCGGCGGCGCAGCUGUGGAGCUGCGUCGUGUGGGAGCUGCACUCGGGCGCCAACCUGCUCACGUACCGCGGCGGCCCGGCCGGACCCCACGGCCUGGCGCUGCUCAAUGGCGAGUACCUGCUGGCGGCGCAGCUGGGCAAGAACUUCAUCAGUGCCUGGGAGCUUCAGCGGAAGGACCAGCUCCAACAGAAGAUUAUGUGCCCUGGGCCCGUCACCUGUCUGACCACGGCACCCAACGGCCUCUACGUCCUGGCUGGAAUUGCAGAAAACAUACACCUGUGGGAGGUCUCCACCGGGAACCUCCUGGUCAUCCUGAGCCGCCACUACCAAGACGUCUCAUGCCUGCAGUUCACGGGGGACAGCAGCCACUUCCUCUCAGGGGGCAAGGACUGCCUGGUGCUGGCCUGGAGCCUGUGCAGUGUGCUGCAGGAGGACCCCUCCCGGAUCCCAGCCCCCCGCCAUGUCUGGUCCCGCCACACACUGCCCAUCACAGACCUUCACUGUGGCUUUGGGGGACCCCUGGCCCGGGUGGCCACCGCCUCGCUGGACCAGACGGUGAAGCUGUGGGCCAUCUCCUCGGGCGAGCUCCUGCUCUCGGUCCUGUUUGACAUGAGCAUCAUGGCCGUGACCAUGGACUUGGCUGAGUACCACAUGUUCUGCGGUGGCAGCGAUGGCUCUGUCUUCCAGGUGGACCUCUGCACCUGGCCCGGCCAGAGGGAGAGGACUUUCCAGCCGGAGCAGGACACCGGGAAGGUCUUCAAAGGUCACAGGAACCAGGUGACCUGCCUUUCGGUGUCCACAGACGGCAGCGUGCUGCUCUCAGGCUCCCACGACGAGACUGUGCGCCUCUGGGACGUUCACAGCAAGCAGUGCAUCCGCACGGUGACCCUCAAAGGCCCCGUGACCAACGCCUGCAUCGUGCUGGCCCCGGUCAGCAUGCUCAGCUCCGACUUCAGGCCCAGCCUGCCGCUGCCGCACUUCAACAGGCACCUGCUGGGCGCCGAGCAUGGGGACGAGCCACGCCACGGGGGCCUCAUAGUGCGCCUGGGCGUCCACCAGCAGGGCACGGAGCCCAGCUUCCUGGACCGGAUGGGACAGCUCCAUGCAGCCAUGUGCAACACCAUGGAGAAGAGCGUUCUGGGCGGCCAGGACCAGCUGCGGAUCCGCGUGACCGAGCUGGAGGAUGAGGUGCAGAACCUGCGCAAGAUCAAUCGCGACCUCUUUGACUUCUCCACACGCAUCAUCACCCGGCGGGCCAAGUGAGGAGGGGCGGCCCCAGGACUGAGACCCCCCACCCCACCAGAAGGUGACCCCAGGCUCCUGGCAGUUUCCUGGGCCCAGGCUGCCAACCCGGCCUCAGCGUCGAGCUCAGGCCAAGUUGCGCAGUGACUGCAGCCAGAGGGCUUGCCCGCCAGGACGCCCGGGCCAGAGCUGUCCUCUGCAUCUCGUAUUUAGUUUGGGUUUUUUUACCUCCGCGAUUGGGUCGCUGUGUUUCAGCGUUGAUCCACCUGUGUCUUGUGUCAUUUUAUGUCACAUUGGUGCUGUUCCAUUUGUAACAAUAGAGAUCUGAAAGCUCC